UCAAACCCUCCCUGUGGUUAGACGAGGCGCCAUCCUAACGGCGGCUACACUGAAAGCAGGGAGAGUUUAAGAGCAGUACAGGCCGCGGCAGGACAGGUCUACACAGCAGCAAGCAGCGACAGCAGAGUGCAAAAGCAGCAAAGCGACAAAUAAUUUGUAGCAAAGUGUCGAGGCAGGGCAAAACAGCAGCGUCUGAAGUAGAAGUGGAGAAGAAAUAUGACACAGUCUCAUCAGCUCAGCUCACAUUCAGCUGCAGGAGGGUUUUUGUUUCACUCUUUCUCACUGUGGGACAUCUGGGGCUCUGGGACUAAACUGUAUGUAACAGAGCAGCAGGUAGUGAAGCCCGUGGUGAGCGUGUACCCAGCAGCCUCCAGAGAUCCCCUGAAGAACCACCUGCUGUGUGUGGCCUCAACCAUGUUCCCUCCUGAGGUCCAGUUCUCCUGGAAAAGACUGAAGCAGAACGGCGACCUGGAGGAGCUGAACUCCAGAGAGGGAGAGCAGCUGGAGCUCAGAGAGUCGGGACGCUCCACCUCCAUCUUGGUGCUCGGUCAGCAUGAUGUUGAGACAAAAUAUCGCUGCUCUGUGAAGCACGAGGGAGGAACAGUGGAGGCUGAAACAGAGCAAGUCAUAUAUCCUCCAGCCGUCCCUCCACCACACUGGUACAGAGAGAGGCUGCUCUGCCUGCAGUACACAGUGCUGAUAGUGAAGAGUGUGGUCUACUGCUUUGGACUCUCUCUGAUGAUGAUCCUCAGAAACAAAGGACCGUCCACCAGCUCCACACAUGCUGACUGACCUCCAAGAGCUUCACGUCUCACUCACACCUGGCAUAAAACCACAGAAUUUACAAUGAAAUAAAUACAUGUCAAGUCAGAGCUUGGCUUUUAAAUUUCUACUCAAACAAGAACAAAAAACAUUUUAGAAAUAAACAUUAUCCUGAACACAUCUAACAACACAGUUAUGCAGACAACAAGAGGAUCUGAAGUCCAGCAAUUUUUAUUGAAAUAAAUUGCUUUCUUUUGUUGAUUAAAGUCAAUAAAAUGUGGUUUGUUAUUUGGUUUUUAUUAAGUUUAAGAUACAUAGGAGUUCAGCAUCAGCGAGGAAAAGAAAAUAUGGGAAUUUAAAAAAAAAAAAAUAAAAACAUUUGUCGUUUCAUCUAUCUUAGGUGUUACUUAUGAAAAUACUCAUAUGAUGUCAAAAACUUACAAAGAUGACGGUAAAGUACAACAAACAGCCAAUCUUCUGAUGUCUUAUAGAUAUUUGAGUUAAUUUAAAAAAGGCUUUUUUUGCUACUGGUUUUCAUCAUGCUGUGUUUUAUAUUCAUUAAAUUUAAAGAAUAAAACUUUGUCCAA